CAUUUACUUACAGUGAAUGGCAAAAAUAAAUGUAUUAAAAUAUUGAACACUAGAUCCGACUUAUCUGAAUUUUACAGUCUAUUAAAAUGGAGCUUAUGAAGGGUGCUUCGCUUCUCUCGAGACCGGCAGAGGAAUUCGGCAAUGAUUCGCUUGUUGAGGAAAUGUGGGCAGCCAAAGCUCUGGAACACGCGGAAGUUCAUUUUAAUCUACUAACAAGCGUUCAUCCUUCAACACUACGGCUCACACCGUACGACGAUCAAAUCUACACUACUUUCCGGCAGGAUUUUCCGGACUUAAAUGUAGGAUUUCUUUCUGAUGAAAUUUUAAAAUCGGCUACAGAGAAGCUGAAAUGGCGUCAAUUCGCAGAGAAGUUUAACAAAAUGGAAGACUAUUCAUAUGGUACGUUAAUGCGUGCCGAUGCUAGCAAGGAAUUCUCGCCAGAUAAUUCGAUUUUCGUAUUCCGCGUUCAAUUCCUGGCCAUUGAAAUUGCCCGUAACCGUGAGGGUUUGAACAAUGAAGUGCACAACAAGUACAAGCCAGCGCCGAAGGCUGCACAAAGUAUAGAGGGAACGCAGUGACGUCAUGUCCAACCCCUAUCCUCAUUAGUUUUAGUUGUUCUAGAUCUAGACAAUAAAUGGACGUUGCCGCCUCUUGAGUGUAAUACACUAAAAUUGCA